UAUAUACACAUAAAGAGCUAUUUAGAAAUAGGGGGACUUUGAAAUAAUUGUAUUUUCCCUUCUUCCAUGACGAAGCUGCUUUUGGGGGAGUGAAUUGCUGUUGUUGCCCUGCCUGGCAAGCCUCACCUUCCUUCCCCCAUCCGCGAGAACAGUGCAUAACUGUGUACAUCAUCUUAGCAUAAUGGCAAAUGAAUCUCUUGAAAAUGAUGGAGGGACCGGUUCGAGAAAUUCAAGAAAUAUAAAUUUCACAUCAUCUGUGGAUCUCAGCACGUCAGUGGAAUCGAGUGUUCAGACUCGAAUAUUUAAAAUAAUUGUAAUCGGGGAUUCAAAUGUAGGGAAGACCUGCUUAACCUUCCGCUUCACCGGUGGGAGCUUUCCAGAGAAGACCGAGGCGACAAUCGGUGUGGAUUUCAGGGAGAAAGCAGUGGAAAUAGAGGGCGAAAAAAUAAAGGUGCAGGUGUGGGACACUGCAGGACAGGAACGCUUCAGGAAGAGCAUGGUAGAACACUACUACCGCAAUGUGCACGCUGUCGUUUUCGUUUACGAUGUCACUAAGAUGAACUCAUUCCAGAACCUGAAGAUGUGGAUCCAGGAGUGCAACGGGCACCGUGUCUCACCCACUGUGCCUCGGGUACUGGUGGGCAACAAGUGUGACCUGGUUAGUCAGAUACAAGUGCCCUCCAACACUGCCCUCAAGUUUGCAGACGCCCACAACAUGCUGCUGUUUGAGACCUCGGCCAAGGACCCAAAGGAGAGCCAAAACGUGGACUCCAUUUUCAUGUGCCUUGCAUGUCGGCUGAAGGCCCAGAAGUCCCUGCUGUACAGGGAUGUGGAGAGGGAGGACGGAAGGGUUAGGCUUUCACAAGAGACAAAUAUUAAUAAGAGCAUCUGCCCUUGCUGAGGGAAAUACUGUGACUCUCCUCCACUCUGCAAUGAUUCCUCCUCUCCUUUUAAUACUGCUGUGGCUUGAAUGGAAGAAUUGAACAUAAACAACAUAAGAAGAAGGUAGUGUUCUAAUGUUAACAUUUCCUGGAGGAAUGUGCGUGCAGUUAUUUCCAUUUUUUUAUUGAACGGUCUAAUACGGUAUUGUGGUCUGUCUGUAUACACCUCUUUUGCUUUACUCUCUUUCUUUGAUAUAUUAUCAUUAUCACAUUCUGUGUUUCCUCCUAAUAAUGGCCUUAAGGCAAGAGAUGUUAUCCAAUGGUGUGUUUGUAAAAUAUGUUUAUGUAUUUUGAGUUGUACAUAUCUGUAUAUUUUUGCUGUCAGUAUUAUUGUUUCAUGCCAUAUACAUCUGUGUAACAUGAUUGCCACAUUCUCACAAAGGGACUUUCAUGAAGACUAUUCCAUGUCAGACUAUUUGGGUAUACCAGUCAAAAUUUGACACAUCUAUUCAUUCCAGGGUUCUUUAUUAUUACCAUGUUUUACAUUGUAGAAUAAUAGGGAAGACAUCAAAACUAUGAAAUAACACAUAUGGAAUCAUGUAGUAACUAAAAAAGUGUUAAACAUAUCAAAAUAUAUUUUAGAUUCUUCAAAGUAGCCACUCUUAGCCUUGAUGACAGCUUUGCACUCUUGGCAUUCUCUCAAUGUAUCUAUACAAUCAGAGGAAGAGGCGAAGCGAGAGAAAAAAAUUGGUCUUCCCCAUCAGGAGUUUUUGUAUGGAGGUCAAUGGGAUUGUGUAAUUCAGUCAACAAAAAAAUGGAAUGGCUUAUUUGCUAUGCGAGGCAUAUUUAAUUGAAUAGAAGUUUUGUAAUGCUUAGGUUGUUAUGAGUGUACUAAUAAGUAGGACACGUGACUACUUUGAGAAAAACAACUUUAUAUCGGAGUUGUGCCUGUUGUUCACAUGGUCAGUGCUAUGCGGGAUCCUUAGGACUUCCCUACCCUUUACCCAUACCAUUUUAAAUGUUAACUUCAAUGGGGCAGGGACGUCCCAAGGAUCCCAGAUAUUAUAGAUUUGUUUUGGUGGGCAUUACCUUUUUCUCAUUUCUUAAUCCCCACGAUGCAUAUCAAAGUAGUGAAGGUAUACGCUGUAUCAAUGAAUAAGGCUGAUGAAACAGAUCAAAAUGUUUAGCUUAAAAUGUUGAUAAAGUAUUAUUGCUUCACAUUUUAAGCGCAGCAAUGUAAACACGGUGGUAGGCCGAGCGGUUUCAUAGACUUUGAGAUGGAAAUAUCCAUUCGAAAUUUUGAAAGAUGGGAGAUGUAAAGAUGCAACAAAUAUCAUGGAUUACUAAUAUGACUAGGAUAAUGCCUUUAGCUGCUAGAUAAUGAAAGAAAGUCGUUUUGAAAACCAAUAGAACUGAAAACCAAUAGAACAGGAGAGUGCAUAUGAGGAAGUCUUUAUAAAAUAAUUGCCUCCACGUUUCUAUGGUGGGAUUUUGGCUAUAAGCUGCUUUGAAGCAAGGUAAGACAUGCCUCAUAAUAGGAAGUAAAAUGUCCAGGUUUCAAACAAUUAAGGAACAGCAGAUGGAAAGGCUUUGCCAAGUACCUUCUCAAUUAAAUGUUAGCUAGCUACAAAGUAGCCUAUGCCUACCCGGAAGAAUGUUAUCAUGAUUAUUUGCAUCAAUCCAGUGGCCAUUUGUUUUGCAAACGCCAUGUGUGCUACAGAAACACUGCUAACCAAACAACAGUGCUAGGUGCCUGCUCAGUUGAAUUAAAGUCUAACUACACUCAAAAAUCUAAAUGUCUUAGAUUUUUACCAGACCUCAAACGUGGUCUGAUGUGGUUUAAGCAUUGUUGUUAACUUAGAACAUCCAAUUUUGUUGUUUUCUAUUAAAAAACCUAUAAAAAAAUAUGAGAUUUC